AUGGCGACAUGGAUAGUUAAAAUCGUAUGCUAUGUGUUAUCACAGGGUUCCUUUGAUGAUUCUCAAACAAAAACGUUGCUGUUGUUCGGGAAAACAGGCAGUGGAAAAAGCGCCACUGGAAACACUAUCUUGGGGGAUAAAAAGUUCAAAGUUUCGUCGAAGGGCCAGACUACCAAGACGUACCAAGUGGAGACCUGCCAAGUGGCAGGGAUGACGCCGAACUUGACGAUCAUCGACACGCCUGACAUUACGGAAAGCAAGCAAGAAAAUAAUCCCUCCUUUGACCCCAUGAUGGAAGUAGCCAAGUGGAUCGUUGAGGCCAAAGAUGGCGUCGACGCCGUCCUUUUCGUCCACCGCUUUGGCGUGCGCUUCAGCGACCAGCAAAAGGAAGUGUUCAAGGCACUCGAAGAUAACUUCGGAAAGGAGAUAUUCCUACACAUGAUCGUCGUGCUCACGUACGGUGACGAGUACGAAAGGGUCCGUGAAGAGGAGGGUAUCACCCUUGAAGGCUACCUGUCUGACAAGUGGAACGGCCUUUCAAAAUUGCUGGAGCGCGUGAACAACCGAGUGGUCGUCUUCGACAACCGCACAAAAGACGGUGCGAAAAGGGCCAAGCAAGUCGAAGACCUGAUAACACGCCUGAAAACCGUCAUGGAGGAGAAUGGUGGACGGCCUUACAAGAGCAAGUAUCUCCCUCCUCGCGGCUCGUCCACAGUCGUCUCCGGCGCCAAGCAUAGUGAUGCAGCUAUCUCCUCGGGCGACGCUCCCCUAUCGCAAAAGGAAAAGGAUGCGACAAUGAAUUUGCUACUUUUCGGGAAAACGGGAAGUGGGAAAAGUGCAACAGGUAACACCAUUAUCGGAUCAAGGGAGUUUAACGUGUCGUCCAAGACCAACACCACUAAAACGUGUGAGGCGAAGACGUGUCAGCAGUUCGGGCUUAGUCUCAAAGUCAUUGACACACCAGACAUCACCGAUGCUACCCACGACCCUGCCGAGGAAGUGACCAAGUGGUUUCAAGAAGCCAGCGGUUCCAUCCAUGCCCUCCUGCUCGUCCACCACUUCGGCGACAGGUUCAAAGAUCAGGAGCGAAGCGUGUACAGCUCACUGGAACGGUUUUUCGGGCCAGAAAUUUUCAAACACACAAUCGCCAUCAUCACCUACGGAGACGAGGCCACUAGAGUCGAAGAAGAAGAGGGGGUCACAAUGGAAUCAUAUCUGGCUGAUGAGUGGAAUGGUCUGGAAAGUCUGAUGAAACGAGUGAGGUACAGAUGGGUUCUCUUCGACAACCGAACGAAAGACCAAGAAAAGAAAGAAGACCAAAUGGGUAAGCUGAUAAGCCGCAUACACGAAGUUCUCCGUGAGCACCAAGGGCAACCUUACCGAUGCAAACUCGGAGGACAGGAGGGUAUCAGCUUGGGCCAAGAGUUUUUGGUGAGACACGUAUACCAACUCCUCAUGCGUGACAACAGUCGCCCGGGGUGCACCCUGUUCUAAACAUGCAUGCACAUUGGUGUACUGUAACGAUUUUCUCGCGAAAUCGGAACAGACAGCCCAAUCCUACAAUACGUGGAGGAAAUUACGCUGCGUACUGACAGCUCACCCUUAGCUGUAGUUAUAACUGCAUUCAUACAACAAUCAUAAUUGAAGAUUGCAAUCACUAUGUUUAUUCACAUUAAAAUCCCCUAAGGGAAACAUGUUUUCAAAAGGACAUGGUAAAGAUCUGUCUUGAACUAUCUGGAAGUCAACUUGUUCAAAUUAAGCUGUUUAGAUAAUUGAUCAAGAAGCAAUUUGUUAUCAUGUUGAAGUUUACCAAAUAUUAUCUUGGAACCGCUAAUUUGCUAUUCUCUGCUUUAGAUGACUUGUUUGUAUGAUUUCAGAAUGAUGUGGCCAUUGUUUAUUGUUGCCGUUACUAUCUGACAUAUUGUAUAUUGACAUAAUAAAGGAGUCGAGUAUAUGUGUGAUCUCCGACAACAAAUGGUGUGUAAUGCAUGAUAUAGUGACAAGGUUUGAACGCAUGUAUACUGACAAAUAAUUUGGAGGCACUGUUCAUAAACACGUAGCCUGUUUCUUAGGUGUGAAAUUGUGGCUUAGCAAAGUAAUUUCGCAAUAUGCGUUUGUCGUCCUUAUGUG